ACAGGCCUCGUUGAUCGUGCAAACCACCCCGUGCGUUCGCUCCUCUCAGCUUAAAUGUUUCAUUGAAAAUUCGGUUCUUUAUCAAGUGAACUCGGCAGUUAUCACACAUGGACACGACCCUGACGGCCCCGGAGGACCAGCCGGAGCACGAGUGCACAAUAUUCAACACCAUCUCACAGCUCCGUAAAAUCGACGUGCAAUUAGCGGGCCCAGUAGUCCUCCACGCGAUAACCCACACAACCCGUCUAAAGUCUCGCUUCGAGCGCAACUCGAUAAACAGUAAAACCCCCGAAUCAACGGACGACGAAGACGAGGAGGAGAAUCUCAUAGAAGACGAUCUCGACUACUUGCGCUCCCUCGACCCAAAAGAAUGGAAGAACCAGGACCACUACGCAGUCCUGGGUCUCAAGAAGCUCCGCUUCGAGGCCUCCGAGGACAUGAUAAAACGCGCCUACAAACAGAAGAUCCUGAAGCACCACCCAGACAAGCGUAAAGCAAUGGGCGAGGAGAUUCGUCCAGACGACGACUACUUCACAUGCAUAACCCGCGCCUGGGAGAUGCUGGGGAAUCCCGUGAAGAGACGAAGCUACGACAGCACAGAUCCGUUCUUCAACGACGAUCUCCCAGACGAGAAAGACGCUAAAGUGGAGUUUUACGAGACAAUGGGAAAGACGUUUGAGGCGAAUGCGAGGUGGUCGGUGAAGCAGCCAGUCCCCAAGCUUGGAGAUCCAGACACACCACGUGACAAAGUAGAGAGAUUCUACUCCUUCUGGUACGAUUUCGAUUCCUGGAGGGAGUACUCUUACCUAGACGAGGAGGACAAGGAGAGUGGCCAGGAUCGUGACAUGAGAAAGUGGAUCGAGAAGAAGAACAAAGCGACGAGGGCUAAGCGAAAAAAGGAGGAGAUGCUGAGGAUUCGUACACUGGUGGAUGUGGCCUACAACGCAGACCCCAGGAUCAAGAAAUUCCAGCAGGAGGAUAAGGACAAGAAGACGGCUGUCAAGAGGGCUAAGCAGGAGGCGGCGAAGGCCAGACAGCUGGAGGAGGAGAGGCUGGCCAAGGAGGCUGCUGAGAAGGAGCGCGAGGAGAGGAUCAAGAGGGAGUCCGAGGAGAAGGCGAGGCAGGACGCGUUGAAGCAGGAGCGCGAGGCGCAGAAGAAGGCGCUCAAGAAGGAGAGGAAGGCCCUGAGGGACUUGUGCAAGUCGCAGAACUACUUCUCGGAGAGUCCGGCAGAGAGCAUAAGGCACAUGGAGUGCGUCGAGAAGUUCUGUGAGCUGUUCAAGCUCAAUGAGCUUGAGGAGGCGACGAAGGAGAUCCAGCGGGACGGGAGGAGUGGAUUUCUGAAGAUUGUCGCCGAUACUGAGAGUAGGAUCAAGGCCGAGCGGAGGGCGCAGGUGACGAAUCACUCGGAUGUUAGGAAUAAUUCACACGAGAAGCAGAGUAAAGGGGGCUCUGUGCCAUGGGGCGAGGGGGAUCUGCAGUUGCUGAUUAAAGCUGUCAAUCUUUUUCCCGCUGGGACCAAUCAACGCUGGGAGGUGGUUGCCAACUUUAUCAAUCAGCAUGCGAAUAAUGGGAUGACGAGGAAUGCGAAGGAGGUUCUGGCCAAAGCGAAAGAUCUGCAGUCGACGGACUUCAGCAAGUCGAGUAUGAAGGAACAGGCUAAUAAGAAUGCUUUCGAUAAUUUCAUUGCUGAGAAGAAGAGCAAGGAGGCCAUCGAUGAGAGAAUGCCUGCUGUCACGGAGAGGUUGGAUCCUCCUGUUGCCAGCAAUGGACCUGGGAAUAAUGCGGGGAAGGAUCAGCCGUGGACGCCCGCGGAACAGCAGCUACUGGAACAGGCACUCAAGACUUACUCCAGCACAACUGGACCUGAGAAGUGGGAUCUCAUUGCUGGAUGCAUACCUAGUAGGACUAAGAAGGAGUGCAUGAGGCGAUACAAGGAGCUCGUGGAGCUGAUCAAGGCGAAGAAGGCAGCCCAGAAUAUCAAACAAUAGCCAACAGUGAUUGUGUGUGCCUGAAUUGAAUGUAUUUUAGAUAAUGGAGGAGAGGAUCAAUAAAUAUUCCGGCACACUGUAUAUCGGCUUGUAAAAUAUUAGCAAAUACAAUAAAUUUCAAAUGA